AGUUCUCAAAUCAAUUUAAUCGUCAUUCCUGUCCAUUUUGGGUUCAAACUAAACAGAGACAAAAUGGAAGUGUACGAACGUUAUGAAAGAUUUUUGAAAAAUCCAUUUAAGAUUCAUCUUGAUAAUGAAAGAGUAUUUGAAACACAGAGAGAGACAAGUAAUCUUUCGCCACUACCAAUUACCAACAGCUCUAAAGCAGAUAUCACCUAUGAUAAAGAACCAGAACAUUUUUCACAGCUGCAGAGGACGGAAAAAGAAGCCAUUCUUUUCUAUUCUGAUUGGUCGUCCAAUCAAAGUAAGGAUGUGCCAAUCGAAUAUGUGAACUACUUGCUGGCAGCAUCGAAGCAGAAUUGCUUCAAUAUCACAGAUGAGAUUAUAAAGAAAAUGGUUAAAAAACUCCAAGAAAAAAAUGAUACAAAUUCUGCAGACAAUGAUCUCAUGUCAUGUUUGCAUGGAAUACCGCUUGGUGAUCUUUCAAAGGAUCCUAACCGUCAUCUAGAUACGUUAUAUUUAGAAGCAAGUAAAGAACAGGAAAAAUAUGUGAAACUGCAAUCAUUUUUAAAGUCGGAAAUGGUACAGUUUUACAUGGAAGGUACAUGUACAGAACUAGAUGAAUCAGCAUUUGACAAAACAGCAACCAUGCAUUAUUUAUACGGACGUCAAUAAAACCAGCAGUUUUCAUCUACAAAUGGUGUAAAUUCUAUAUAGACUGAUAUUAUUUUUCAAAGAU